AUGGAUCGGAUGGAUGAAAAACUAAUGCCUAUUAAGGAGGAAAACAAAAAACUGAAAGAAAAAAUCGGCAAAUUAGAGAAAGAGAUAGAACACUUUAAAAGGGAAAAGAAAAGUAAUAACCUAAUUAUUUUUGGAUUAGUAGAGGGUGAAAACUCAACAGCUGAGUUAUUCCAGAACAUAAAGGAGAACUUCAAAAAAGAUUUAAACAUCAAGUUAGAAGAAAACGAAGUAAACAAAUUAAACCGCUUAGGGAAACCAAAAGCCGAGAACAAACCGAGACCUGUACUAUGUUCCCUCCUAAGCUAA